UGGCAUCAGGCACUCAUUGCUGGGUGCUGGUCAAGGUGUGUUGGGUCCCAGACACCCUUUGAUGGGUGUUGAGCGACGUGUGUCAGGAUCUGGACACUCUCUGCUGGGUGUUGGCCAUGCUUUGGGUCCCAGGCACUCUCCAGUGGUUGUUGCCCAACGUGUGUUGGCACCAAACACUUUCCAUUGGGUGUUGGCCGUGUGCUGGGUACCAGAUCCUCUCCAUUGGGUGUUGGCCAACGUUUGUUGGCACCAGGCACUCUCUGCUGGGUGCUGCUCAAGGUGUGUUGGGUCCCUGACACUCUCCACUGGGUGUUGGCCAUGUAUUGGGUCCCAGGCACUCUCCAAUGGUUGUUGCCCAACGUGUGUUGGCACCAAACACUUUCCAUUGGGUGUUGGCCGUGUGCUGGGUACCAGAUCCUCUCCAAUGGGUGUUGGCCAAGGUUUGUUGGCACCAGACACUCCAUUGGGUGCUGGUCAAGGUGUGUUGGGUCCCAGGCACCCUCUGCUGGGUGUUGGGCGACGUGUGUCAGGAUCUGGACACUCUCUGCUGGGUGUUGGCCAUGCAUUGGGUCCCAGGCUCCCUUUGCUGGGUGUUGGACGACGUGUGUUGGUCCCAGGCACGCUCCCUUGGAUGUUGGCCAUGCAUUGGGUGCCAGGCACUCAUUUUUGGGUGUUGGACGAGGUGUGUUGGCACCAGACACUCUCUGCUGGGUGCUGCUCAAGGUGUGUUGGGUCCCAGACACCCUUUGUUGGGUGUUGGACGAUGUGUUUUGGUCCCAGGCACUCAUUCUUGGGUGUUGGCAACAUGUGUUGGCCCCAGGCACUCUCCAUUGGGUGCUGCUCAAGGUGUGUUGGGUCCCUGAUGCUCUCCACUGGGUGUUGGCCAUGUAUUGGGUACCAGCCACUCCAUUUUGGUGUUGGCCAACGUGUGUUGGGUACCAGAUCCUCUCCAUUGGGUGUUGGCCAAGGUUUGCUGGCGCCAGACAACCUUUGCUGGGUGUUGGCCAACGGCGGUGUGAUAGGGCAGUGCGUAUCCCAAUAG